AUGUUUGGGAGCGAAGUUAUUCAAGCAAUAAAUCCUGCGGAUUUAGCUAGCACUGAAAAAAAUACAGAAGAAUAUAUAUUUGCGGUUGGUACUUACAAACUCCUUGCUUUUGCCAUCGGAACAAUCGGAGUCUUCGGAUUUUGCAACAAUAUUAUUGUCAUCGUGCUGUACUACAGAUUCAAGAGACUCCGGACGCCCACAAAUUUGUUAAUAGUAAACAUUAGUAUAAGUGACGUGUUGGUGUCUGUCAUUGGAAUUAACUUUACGUUUGUUUCGUGCAUCAAAGGCGGGUGGGUCUGGAACCCGGCAACAUGCAUUUGGGACGGAUUCAGCAACAGUUUAUUUGGCAUUGUGUCCAUCAUGAGUCUCUCUGCCUUGGCCUAUGAGCGCUACAUCCGGGUGGUCCAUGCUAAGGUGGUGGACUUCCCCUGGGCCUGGAGGUGCAUCACUUACAUCUGGCUCUACUCCCUGGUCUGGACAGGGGCUCCUCUCCUGGGGUGGAACCGCUACACUCUGGAGAUCCACCAGUUAGGCUGCUCUCUGGACUGGACUUCCAAGGACCCUAACGAUUCCUCCUUCGUUCUCUUCUUUCUCCUGGCCUGCUUCUUCGUACCAGUGGGCAUUAUGAUCUACUGCUACGGGAACAUUCUUUACACAGUGCAAAUGCUCCGCUCCAUCCAGGACCUUCAGACAGUGCAGAUUAUUAAGAUCCUGCGCUACGAGAAGAAGGUGGCCGUCAUGUUCCUCUUGAUGAUCUCCUGUUUCCUGGUGUGCUGGACGCCCUACGCCGUGGUGUCCAUGAUGGAAGCCUUUGGCAGGAAGAGCAUGGUCACCCCUGCCGUCGCCAUCAUCCCCUCCUUCUUCGCCAAGUCCAGCACGGCCUAUAACCCUCUCAUCUACAUCUUCAUGAGCAGAAAGUUCCGGCGCUGCUUGCUGCAGCUGUUGUGCUCCCGGCUCUCAUGGAUUCAGCACAGUGUCAAGGACCGCCCGCUGGCCCGGAGCAUCGAGCGGCCCAUCCGCCCAAUUUUCAUGUCCCACAGAGGGGACGGGGAACGACCAAAGAAGAGGGUGACCUUCAGCUCCUCCUCCAUCAUCUUCAUCAUCGCCAACAACGACAUGCACCACCUGGACACCACCUCCAAGAGCGGCCGUAUGUUGUCAGAGGUCAUCCAGGUGCGGCCGCUGUGA